UUAUCACUCACCAUUUGGCUUGUGUUAAGUGUGUGCGUAAAUCUGUUUCUUUGUUGUUUAUUCUCAGUGACUUGACUUGGCUUGAUUUCGGACUUUGAUACUUCUUUAACGAUCAGGCUUAGUUAUUUGGAUUUCAUGAUGGAAGACACAAUUGAUGUGCUGUGUGUUGCUUGCCGGCGCAGCUUACGUCGCAUCGGUGGGAAUCGUCGAAGAUCUAUAACGCUAACAGCAGACUUCAUGGAGAGUCACCAGUAUUUGAUAGCAUAUUGCGUGGAAGUUAUUAAUAUAAAUCAGUUUAAUGGAGGCGAACGAAUAUGCCGACCAUGUUUUCAACGUGCUCAGCGCUAUGUUCCUCAACAACAACGUGCGCAUACUAUGGACGGUAAUAACCAGCAACCGCAAAUAAUAGAAGAGAGACACGAUGAACCAGUGCAAGAAGGUAACAAUUCAGCAUUAGCAGAACCCAGUAUAAUAAAUCAAAACGUUCGAGAUCAAGCGGUUCAAGUGAACAGAAUGCAGGCAGUCGAUUUACCUGGAUAUUUACGAGCACCAUUUAAUUCUCAAUUGUGCAUUUAUGCUCAUUGCAACAAUAAUAACCUUCAGAGAAUUAAUAUUGCUCUUAGAACCACGAUUCUCCAAGAAAAAUCAUUUUAUAUUCCUAGAGGAUCACGUGUAUGCGAAGAGCACUCCAACUCAGUAUGGCAAGAUAUUGAAACGAAUACACGCCAUGUAUUAAGCUCGUUCUCACCAACAAUGAUUAAAGAUAUGAUGGACAUUUUAAAAACCGCAAGCCUUUUCUAG